ACAUCAUUCAACCCACUUUGAAUUUCAGUGUUUGAUUCUGGAACUGGUCACGAAAAUAGUGUCUACCAGGCUUAUACACCGCUAUCUGUAUCUUCAAUUGAAUUGAUUCACUUUGUGAUAAGAUAGAGGGAAUUUUUAAAAGAUGAGUGAACAAGAACAUCCAAACGAUGGAACACCCGCUGAACCAGUGGAAGAAAUCCUAGAAUCCACAGUUGAACCAUCCAGCAUUGGGUCGGAAGGAGCUGAACAACAACAGUCCGAGACAUCCCCAGUAGUUGAUGAAUUGACAGAACAUCCGGAGGAAGCUCACGAAACACACCCACAACCUGAAACUUCUUCAAUUGAAGUAGUAGACCCAGUUGUAGAAGAACCAGUGGUUGAGGCAGAGACAGCCAAAGUACCACUGGAAUCUGAGAAUGGGACGACACAUUCAUUAGAACCGGUGAUUGUUGCUCCAUCAGAUGCCAUGGAAGAAGAUGCACAAGGUCAAAUAGACGAAGAUAUUGCCAAUCAAAGUUUCCAUGGUCAACAAUCCCCAACUCCACUUCAAUUUGCUCUUACCACCCCACUGAAGGCACUCCCACCUCUUAAAGAUAUUGAAACCAUUACUACUCCUAAAUCAUUUUCUGUGGCUAGAGAUACUGAAGAUCAAUCAUCUCCAGUUGUCAGUGCAGUUCCUAAGCCAUUAGGAAGUCUUGUAGAGGAAGAAACCAAUGAUGAAGCAAAUCAAUACUAUCCAGCAGUGGCAAACGUCAUUGAUGAUUCAUUGAUUAAUAACCUUUCUCAUACUUUAAAUAUUCAUCCACAACAACUUCUUCUGCUUGGAGUUGAUGCCUUAGAAACAAUUCUGAAUAAAUUAUCAGAAUGUCAAGAUCUUAAAAGUGAACUUUCAUUAGCUAGAAUUAAUCAAGAACAAUCUGUUCAAAUUCAAGAUAAGAAAAUGAAAAUUCUUCAAGAAAAACUUUCUAAAAUUGAAGAAUCAUUGAAAGAAACUACAACAAAUAAUGAAAACUUGCAAGAAAAACUUCAACAAGAGAAUAUAGAUAAAGAAAAGAUAUUGGUAGAACGUCAAUCACUUGAAAAUAAGUUGGAAUAUAUCACUAAGGAACAACAAUCAAAUAGUGAAACCAUAGAUUCCACUCUUAAGGAAAGAGAUGGAGAAAUUUCUAGACUUUGUAAAUCGAAUGAUUCCCUUACAAAGGUUAAUGUUGAGCAAAGUACUAAAUUGAAUGAAUUAGCUCAAGAGUUGAACUCUGCUAGAAAUGAUAAAUUCUCCAUUCAACUUCAAUUUAAUAAAAUUACUAAUGAACUUUCAUAUACCAAGACUCAAAAGAAAUGGUUUGAAGCUGAAUUGAAGAGCAUUCAAGAAAGAUAUACUGAUUUAAUUAAGAAGCAUGAAACUGAAUAUGUCACUACUAAUAGCAGAUUGAGUCGAAGUGAAGCUCAACGUGGAGCACUUGAAAAAUUAUCAACUGAACAAAAGGAAGAAAUUGGAACUUUGCAACAUAAUUUAGAUGAAGUCAGACAGAAAUUAGUCAAAUUGGAGUCUAAUCAUGACGUUGAGCAAAGGAAACUUUCUAGUGAUUUAAAGGUGAAACAAGAUCUUUUAGAAUUAACUCAAGUCCAAUCAGAAGAAAGAAAUGAACGCAUCAAUCAACUUGAAACUUAUAUAGAAGAGAUUAAGACCAAGCUUGGUGGAUCAGUUGAUGAACUCACCACUUCCCUUCAAAGAAAACUGGAAGAAGUUGAAAUUCUUCAAGAGAAGUUAAAACGUACUGAAGCAGUCUUAGAUGAAGAACUUCGUAAGGAAACUGAAUUACCUAAACUUUCAGUACUGGCAGAGUCUCUUGCUGCAAAGAAUCCUAAUGGUAUGUCAUUACUGGCUCUUUAUUCUGAAUUUAGUCAUUUGAAGAAACAAUUGGUGUUGGAAAGAUCCCAAAAGGAAAAAUUAGCACAUCAAUUAGAAACAUUUGUGGUUGAAUUAGAAGCUAAGAAGCCCGCAAUUUCAAGUUAUCGUGAUCAAAUUAAAUUCUAUGAAGGAUCACUUAAAGAUGCAUUUUCUCAAGUGGAACAAAUUAGAUUGGAAAAAAUUGAUUCUGAGAAAUACGCAAACAAACUAGAAUCAAGAGGAUCUGCUUUAGAGAGUGAACUAGUUUCUAUGAAGAAAUUAUGUAAAGAUCUUGGUAAGCAGUUAUGUUAUUAUUUAAUCCAUUCCAAAAUUAGAGAUAGUCAAGAAGAACCUUUGACAGUAACCGAAAGAAAGGCCAUUGAAAAUAUCUUGGCUCAAAGUGGAAAUACAGGUAAUGAGACUGAAAGUGAUACCGAUCAAUUAAUAACUGAUAGACUUGUUGGAUUCUCUAAUGUCAUUGAGCUUCAACAAAAGAACCAAGAACUCCUUACUGUUGUGAGACAACUUGGUAAACAAUUGGAAAGUAAAGAUGCUGAAUUUUCUAGAGGUAUCGAAUCAGUGGCUGUGGAUGAAGCAAAGGAAGCUAUUCUUACAUUACAAGGAGAAUUAGAAACUGUGACAGCCAAGUUAGAAGCCAUUGAAAAGGAAAGGGAUGCUUUCAAGGCCAUCGGUGAGAAAAAUAACCAUAAUGGAUUUGCUUCUAAUGGUGGUGGGCAUUUAGAUUACUUAACUGAAGUUAAUAAGGAUCUCAAAGCUCAAUUAGCUGACGCAGAAACUUCUAUGAAAAAAUUAAGAAACCAAACUGAAACUACAGUCCAAAACCUUAACACAAAAUUGAGAGAUGCUGUAGAGGGUAAAAAUUCACUUUCCUUGAAAGUAUCUACACUUCAGCAUACAAUUUCACUCAACGAGACUAGAUAUUCCAACUUGGAGACUAAUUUAGAAACAUCUCGUAAGGAAAUUGCUCGUAUUAGUAGUGAUUCCGAGUUUUGGAAGUCCCAAUCUUCAAAGCAAGAAAAAGCCUUGAUCGAUAUAACUACUCAAUUGAGAACUAGUGAAGCAACUGUUUCUUCAUUGAAAGUACAAAUCAAUAAUUUAGAGACUGCUCGUAGUAUUUGGCAAUCUGUGGAAAAGAACUUGGAGACUGAGUUAGAGCAAGCUAAAACUGAUAAAAAUCAACUCAGUGAAUUUGUAACAAAUUUACAGGCACUUAUAAAGGAAAGAGAUGCUUCAAGUAAACAAAUUGCUGACAGAUUGAAUCAAUCGAUUGAAAACUAUCAAACUUUACAAGAACGUUUGAAUGAAAAGGAAGAGCGUAUUCUUAUUCUUGCUAGUCAAUCUGAGUUAUCAAUGAAGGCUCAAAAUACAAAAUUGGAGCAAUUACACGAACUUAGUCUGUUGUUAGUGGAAACUCGUGGUAAACUUGCUGACAAGGAAUCUUUGACUAGAGAAUUGGAUGCUAAGGUUCAUUCUUUGAACCAUCAAAUUUCCCAAUUGGAAGGACGUGCUCGCGGUGGAAGUGUCAGUGGUAAUGUUAGUGGAGUGCAAGUACCUGUUGCUGGCAGCAGUGCCAACGAUUCUGACUACACGAAGCUUCGUAUUGAUUUAGAUACCACUAAGAGUGAUUUGGCAAUCGCUGAAAAGCAAGCAGAAGAGUUCUCCAAGAUUGCUAAAUCUGCUGAAGAUGCCUUAAUCCAUUCUACAAAUGCAUUUGAAGAAUUUAGAACUGAAAUUGAAUCUAAGCGCGCUACUCUUAUCGCUGAAAAGGAAACCAUGCAAAGUGAAUCUGUCAAACUCCAUCAAGAAGUUGCUGGAUUGAAGGAAGAAUUGACAAAACAACGUCAAGAUCAUACUGCUGAAGUCGAAAGACUUACGACCGAACUUCAAGAAUAUUCGUCCAAGGCUAACGCAUAUGAUGAACUUCAACAAGAUUAUGAAAAGAAACUUGCUACAAUUUCCGAAGAUUUAACCAAUCAAGUUAAAUUUGUAGCUGAUAUUCAAGUGAAAUAUCAGUCAGAAUUGGAUAGAAAUGAUCAAUUAGUAUCACAAGUCAAUAACCUCAGACAACAAUAUACUGAGUUAGAUGGAAAGUAUGCCGAGCUGAACUCUUCUUUAGAAUCUACAAAGAAAGAAUUGCAAAGAAAGGUUGAAAUGAUUGAAGAAUCACAACUGGCGGUCAAUGAAGAAUUGGAAAAGUCAAAAACUAAAAUUGAGGAAUUACAGAAUCAAAACAAUCUUUUGCUUAACCAAAUUCAAUUAACUGAAGGAACUUCUGAAAUGCGCACUGAUGAAGGAGAACUGAAUGAUAACCCAUCUCGUGAAGUUAUUAGCUAUUUGAGACAUGAAAAGGAUGCAGCCGAGGCAAAAUUGAGUGCUCAUUUACAAGAACAAAGUCGUUUAGAACAACGUUUGGCAGCCACUACCCUCGAACUCGAAUCUGCAAAGUCUGACUUGAGAAAAGCACUUGCAAGUACUACUAGUUUGGGUGAUAUCAACGGUGAGCAUGAGAAGUUAAUGGAACAACUUCAACAAUUGAAUAUUUUGCGUGAAAGUAACACUACUUUACGUUCAGAGAACGCAGAGAAUAUCAAACGUGUCCAGAAAUUAACUGUCGAGUUACAAGUUGCUCAAAAGCAAGUACCACAGCUCCAAGAACAAUUGUCCAAUCUUUCUACUGAUAUUGCUAUCAAGGAGCAAGCUGUUCAACUUGCAAAUGAAGAGGUUGAAAGAUACAAGACGAUUGUGAAGGAAGCUGGAUCUGCAAGUGCAGAAGUUGACAAAGCCGAACAUGAAUCCUUAAAACUUGAACGUGACCAUGCUAAAUCAGAAUUGGAAACUUUAAAGAAUUCAUACGGCGAGCUCACACAAAAGGUCGACAACAGUCAAAAGGAAACUGAACAACUUGGUGUGGAAUUAACUGCAAUGACGGAAAGGUUUAAUAAACUUAAGGGCGAAGCUCAAGAGAAGUUGAAGCGUAGAUCUGCCGAAGUCAAAGAAUUGAGAGAUAAUAUUGAAGGAUUGAAAACUAGUUUAGAAAAGGCAAAUCAAGAAUUGUCUCUGAGAAGUUCAAAUGAUGGCCAACAAAAUCUUCAAGAACUUGAAAAGAAGUACCAAGAUGCAGAAAGUAAUAGAGUUAGCUUGACCAAGGAGAAGGCAGAAUUAGAAAGUCGUUUAGCUAAUACAGUCACUCUUGAUGCAUUUAACAAGUUGAAAUCAGAUUAUGAGCAAAAACUAAAACAAUCAAGUGGAGGCGAUGUUUCUGAAAUUAAGGAAAAGCUUGAACAGGAAUAUCGUGCCAAACAUGAUGAAUUGUACAAUUCUAUUAAGGCCAAGGUUGAACAAGAAAGUAAAGAAGCCUUAGAUGCUCGUGUUAAAGAAGAAGUUGCUAAGGUAGGAGGGACCAAUAACAAUGUUGCAGAGCUCACCAAGAAGUUUGAAGAUGAAACUGCUUCAUUGAAGAAGGAAUUUGAAGCUGAGUUGGAAAAGGCAAGAUUGGAUACUCGUAAGUUGACGGAAAAAUCUACCGAAAUCCGGGUUAAGAUGUUAAACAAGAAGAUUUCUAAACUUACUGAACAAUUAAAUGCUCAAAAGAAUAAUGCUGGUGCUCCCAGUUCACUUCCAACCACCCCAACUCUUAAUGUGACCCCAGUUGGAGAAGAACGCACCAGUAGUCCAGGCUCCCAAAAACGUCCAUUCACGGGAAAUGAUGCCAAUGCUAACAACAGUAAUAAGAAAUCAAAGUAA